AUGGAGGCCGACCCCGAGCCCGUCACGCUGCUGGUGAAGAGCCCCAACCAGCGCCACCGCGACCUGGAGCUGAGCGGCGACCGCGGCUGGAGCGUGGGCCGCCUCAAGGCGCACCUGAGCCGCGUCUACCCCGAGCGCCCGCGUCCGGAGGACCAGAGGUUAAUUUAUUCCGGGAAGCUGCUGUUGGACAACCAGUAUCUCAGGGACUUGCUGCCAAAGCAGGAAACCCGGCACGUUCUGCACUUGGUGUGCAAUGUGAAAAGUCCGUCCAAAAUGCCCGAAACCGGCGCAAAGGUUGCUGAGUCCACAGAGCAGCCCGCGGGCCCCGCUCAGGGACAGUAUCCUGGGGAUUCCUCAGGUGAUGGUGUGCGGCCCAGGGAGCCUUUUCGGACCCUUCCUCCCUCUGGAUGGGAGAGCAUCUCGAGGCCCGAGGCUGCCCAGCCGGCGUUCCAGGGCCUGGGGCCUGGCUUCUCGGGCUACACGACCUACGGGUGGCUGCAGCUCUCCUGGUUCCAGCAGAUCUACGCGCGGCAGUACUACAUGCAGUACUUAGCGGCCACUGCUGCAUCCGGGACGUUCGUUCCCUCACCAAGUGCCCAAGAGAUACCCGUGGUCUCCGCACCUGCUCCAGCCCCUAUUCACAACCAGUUUCCGGCCGAAAACCAGCCAGCCAACCAGAACGCUGCUCCUCAAGUGGUGGUUAAUCCUGGGGCCAAUCAAAACCUACGGAUGAAUGCGCAGGGUGGCCCUAUCGUGGAAGAAGAUGACGAGAUAAAUCGCGAUUGGUUGGACUGGACCUAUUCAGCAGCCACGUUUUCCGUUUUCCUCAGCAUCCUCUACUUCUACUCCUCCCUGAGCAGAUUCCUCAUGGUCAUGGGGGCCACCGUGGUUAUGUACCUGCACCACGUUGGGUGGUUUCCGUUUAGACAGAGGCCGGUUCAGCACUUCCCGAAUGACGGCCCUCUCCCGGGAGCUGUAAACCAGGACCCCAACAAUAACUUACAGGAAGGCCCCGAGGCUGAGAUGGAAAACCCCAACCGCCUCCCUCCGGACAGGAACGCAGUGGCUGGCGAGCACACCAGCCCUUCCUUCAUGAGCACAGCGUGGCUGGUCUUCAAGACUUUCUUUGCCUCCCUCCUUCCCGAAGGCCCCCCGGCCAUAGCAAACUGA